AUGCCGUCCCUAAACCGGAAAGUUUGUACUGCAAACAAAUACUUUAGUUUAAUUUCCACGGCGCCCAAACUGCUUGGAAACGCAUUUCGAGCUGGCUCCCGAACUCCAGGCCAAGCCCAAUUGCAGUUUCGAAGGCAUGCUAAACACAUGCUUGGUUUCAACAAAUCCGGAGCUCAAUCCAAUACAAUGCCUUCCCUAAACCCGAAAAUCGUACUGCAAAGAUGCUUUCGUUUGGUUUCCAGUGCCCCAAAAUGCAUUUUCACGGCUUGCAAAACGCAUGUAUUGCUGUUUCAGUUUUUGCUGGUGUUCCUUGCCCAGCUGUCACUAGGCAUGGGACACUGGAAAAUGAUGUUUGCCCGUGCAGGCACCCCGAUCCUCAACAUGAGAUCUGCAGGACUUCAGAUUGCUCGGAGUUCCAGGUAA